AUGGAGAGAACCCCGAUGGCAGAAUCAAGCACACAUGGCAGCGUAACGCAGGCCAUGCCCAACUUCAUAAGUCAACUCCCAGACCACAUCAUCUACCUCAUCCUCUCCUUUCUACCCACCAAACAGUCUGAUGUAACGAGUACCCUCUCCAAGAGAUGGAGAACCCUUUGGGCCCACGUCCCAACCCUAGAUCUCCACAGUGGGACCCAUCAUCCGAAUUUCCCCGCAAUAGUUGACCACGUCCUGUCGCUCCACGAGGCGUCGGUCCUCGAAUCCUUUUCCCUCUACCAAGAGAACUCGACGGAUUUCACAGAAUCCGAGCUCGAGAACUGGAUCACGCUCGUCCUCCUCGAACGCAACGUCAAAAGCAUUAAACUCAAUUUGGACUCCGAAAUUAUGGUCAAAUUGCCGAAAUGCCUCUUUACGAGCCAAACUUUGGUCAACUUGAGGCUCGAAAUUUGCGCGCUGCCCACUUUCACCGAACCCAUAUCCUUGCCCAGCCUCAAGACACUCUACCUAUGUUUGGUUCAGUACGAGGUUAAUUUUACCCUUCCUUGGCUGCUUGAGGGGUGUCAGGUCCUCGAGAAGUUGACCGUCAGUGGGAUCGCGAAUGCUUUGGACCAAUUGAUUGUGGCCUCGGCCUCGUUGAGGAGUCUCGAGCUCAAACUCUUGUUUGACAAUGUAAAUUGCUUGGUGCUCGUGGAUGCUCCUGGGCUGAGGUGUCUUAAGGUGAACGAGUGCUCGUACUUGCGGAUUGGGUUUAGACGGGUGGCCAAUUACUUGGCCGAGGCAGAUAUUAGCUUCAACAAUUACAUGUUUCAAGAGAAUGAGAUCCUCUGUGUUGUCGACCUUCCUGCUGCUCAGUUAUACGUGACGUUUAGCAAUUUAGUCAGCCUCGAACUAGCUACUGGUUGGCGUAUUAUCCUGAAGAUCUUUAAGAGCGCGGAAAACCUUGAAGUUCUUAUUAUCCAUAAGGGUUAUGACAACCUGAAAAGGUGGUCAGAACUUAUGGAGGGACAAUGUGCUUGCCUUCUCUAUUCUCUCAAAAUUGUUGUAAUCGAUGAGUUCGGGUGGACAGAUGAUGAGUUGGAAGUCUAG